AUGGAGGUGUUUAAUAUCAUUCUUGGUAAGCUUAUUGAUGAAUCCCAAAAUUUUAAGUUCCAUAGUAAGUGUAUGGCCCUCAAUAUUUCCCAUUUAUGCUUUGCUGAUGAUCUGUUGGUUUUCUCUUAUCGUAAUGGGAAUUUAGUCAGAAUUAUAAGGGAUUCCCUUGAUGAAUUCAAAAAGGUUUCAGGGUUGAAGGUUAGUAUGGAAAAAAGUCAGAUUUAUUUUAGUUGUGUUAAGCCGAAUAUGAGAAGGAUUAUCUUAGGUAUCCUUCCUUUUGAUGUAGGGAGAUUUCCGUUUAAAUAUUUGGGAGUGCCUAUGUGUGUCACUAAGUUGCUUGAAAGAGAUUGUAAAAAGUUGAUUGAAAAGAUUAAGAUGAGAAUUUUCAAUUGGAAAAGUAAGACUUUAUCGUUUGCUGGCAGAUUGCAGCUCAUUAACUCUGUUUUAACAUCCAUUCAUGUUUAUUGGGCUUCGAUCUUUAAAAUUCCCAUUGCUACUAUUAAUGAGAUUGAAAAGAUGUGCAAAAGUUUCUUAUGGGCUAAUGGUGAGAUAGUCAAAGGGAAAGCUAAAGUCAAGUGGCAUGAUAUUUGUAAGCCUAAGGAGUAUGGUGGUCUGGGAAUCAAGAAUUUAAGGAGAUGGAAUGAAGCUUUGCUUGCUAAACAUGUAUGGAAUGUGAUUAAUAACAAAAAUUCCCUGUGGGUGCAGUGGGUGAGAAUCAAUUAUAUAGGUAGCAAAAAUUUUUGGGAUAUUUUGCAGAAAAAGAGUAUAAGCUGGACGUGGAAGAGGUGUUUGGAGGUGAGGAAAAUUGUUAGGCCUCAUGUUGUUUCGUGUGUGGGAAAUGGGAGGAACACGUCUUUAUGGCAUGAUUGGUGGCACCCAAUUGGUAUUCUUUGUGCAAUUAUGUCUAGAAGAGAUUGGGUUAGCAAUGGGCUUAGUGAUUCUUCUUUGGUCAGUGAUAUUCUAGACUAUGAUACUUAUUCCUGGCUGGUUGAUUGGGUUAAUAAAUUCCCUAGAUUUAAAGAAGCUCCCAUGUUUUGUAUUGAUUCUGAUAUGAGCGAUGUUGCAGGUUGGAGGGAUAAGAAGGGUAUGUGUAAAAAAAUUUCAUGUAAACAGGUGUGGUGUGAUAUAAAUAACUUUGGAGAGAAAGUUCCAUGGCAUGAUAUUGUUUGGUAUGGUAAUUGCAUUCCUCGCAAUUCGUUUAUUUUGUGGAUGGCUAUUUUGAAUAGAUUGAAAACGCAGGAUCGUGUUAGAGGAUGGGAAGUGGCUAGUAACUUACUGUGUCCGUUCUGUGAAAUUGUACCUGAUUCUCAUAAUCAUUUGUUCUUUAAUUGUGAUUAUACCAUCAGUAUUUGGAGGUAUUUCUGCAAUAAGGUGGGUAUUAAUUUGUUGGUGGAUGAAUGGAAUGAUUUGGUUUUAAAGUUAUGCAGCUUGCUUAAUUUGAAGUCUGUUGAGAAUUUGAUUAUUAAAUGUAUGUUUGCUAGCUGUGUUGCUCAUAUUUGGAGGGAGAGAAACUCUAGACUUUUUAGUUCUAGAAGAAAUUCGGUUGAGGGGGUGAUUGCUUGUAUUGAAAAUGAAAUGCGGUUAAAGUUGUUGGGUUUGAGGAAAAGGGCUAAAAUGGUCAAUAAUAAGAUUUAUAUGACCUGGGGUAUUUCUAGAAUGGAGAAAGUUAAGUAA